UCAACCACCACGUCGUGUCUCUCAUUGGAGAGAUCGCAGUGAAAUAACGGACUCCUUAUAACGGACGCGAUCACAUCAGAUGAAUCCUUUUCAAAGAGAAGGACGAGGCUAUCACUGAGCUCACAUCAACCCACAAUAAUGCCUACAGAAACACAAGCAAGUGGCUGUACAUGUCAAACUACGUUUGGAUUGUCAGGAAUUCGCAGCUCUCGUCCCGUUGAGCAACAUCAGUAGCUGUCAUCUCCCUCUCUUCUCCCUCCCUCCCUCCCUCCAUCCCUCUCUCCUCUCAAGCCACUCCCACUGACCCCCUGACACCUCCCUCUCUUCUCCCUCCCUCCCUCUCUCUUUCCGUGAGGUCCUGUGAAGCCACUCCCACUGACCCCCUCACCCCUCCUUGCCAUGGAAAGCCUGAGCGAGCUCCAGAACCCGCUCUUGGACAAGAACAGUAAGCACGUCGUCAACGGUUACGGGGGCGACUUCCCUAACGACCAGUACCAGGAGAAUAUUAUCAACUACUUCGUAACCGGCAGCGACGGAGGAGGAGGUGGUGGAGGAGGUGACACUAGCAACGGUGCGGUGGCCCACGUGGGACAAAACAACAGCAACGGCAAAAUGAAAGCUCAACAACUCCUGGAUGCCACCUCCCUCCAUCUGGCCGUCGAGGCCUUCUACAGGCCUAACUUCAUCCUGUACAAGGAGGAAGGGGGAGGAGGAGACGGAGUCAAGGCCAAGGAUUAUAAGAGCGAGUGUUGCGAGACUACCUUCACAGAGAAGAAAGAGAAGGAGAGGGAGGCGUCUGUAGCAGUGGAGACCCCCGGCAGCACAGAGGACCCUCAGGCCAAGCUGCUAGAGGACGGAGACAACGUUAAGAUACAGACUGUAUCCUACGAGGUGGAGGAGGAGGAGUAUGUAGAGUAUGAGACGGACGGCUCCAGCGACAGUGAGAGUGAAGAUAACUUCAUAAUGAUCCCACCCAGAGACCAUCUGGGCCUGGCCAUCUUCUCCAUGUUAUGCUGCUUCUGGCCCCUGGGCAUCGCUGCUUUCUACUUCUCCCAGGGGACCAGUAAGGCGGUGACGAAGGGCGACUUCCCGCUGGCGAGCAUCGCGUCCCGGAGGGCACUGUUCCUAGCGGCCCUUUCCAUCACCAUCGGGACAGGGGUCUACGUUGGGGUGGUGGUGGCCCUCAUCGCCUACCUCUCCAAGCCUGGACACGUAUAGCAGCGCCUGACCUCCCGGACCAGACCACCGGGGAAAAGCAGGACAGCUAGGAACUGUCUCUUCCUGGAAUGGAACACUGCCACUGGCAUGGAAACUUUUUGGGGACAUAUUCCUCCUUCUCCCUCCAUCCCUCCAUCCCUCCGUUCUUCUCCUGGACAACCAGAGGAACCACAGAAGAGGAAAGGAAGGAUGAACCACCACUCUCAAUGAACACGGCUAAUGCCAUGUUAAAACUGCCCCUCUUCAGAACAUAACAGAGCUCCUGACAAUGGAAACAGUUUUUGGGGCAUGUUUCUCUGUCAUCCAUAAAUCUGUCUAUCCUCCCCCUUUAGCUUCCCUACGGGUGGUCCCCGUCAGCAAAGAUUAGAUGAACAGACUCAG